AAUAUGGAUUUCCCCAAAAUGUUUACUUCCGUUUUUACAUGAAAUUUCUAACUUUACUUUAUUUUAGUGAUAUAAUUUGGAAAUGACUGGUGGAAAAAAUGGUACUCGGACGUCAGGAGAGACGUUUCUUAGACAUCUUCCUUAUUCGGUGCUAAGAAGGCUUAGUUUGAUGCUUGACAUCGACAAACAAUGGGAAAAACUAGUUACCCUGAUUCCCAAAAAUAUUGGAGACGUUGGCAGUGUGGAUCUUUCCAGUGCAUCCAGCGAAAAAAGAUAUUCCCAUCUGCAGAUACGAAUAUUCGAAGAAAAAGGCAAACGUCCGGAAGGAAGUCCAACAAAAGCUAUAAUUGAUGACUGGGCCACACAAAACACAAUGGUGAAGCACCUGGUUCGUGUCCUUCAAGAAGCACAUUUAGGCGAAGCUGCAAACUAUCUGCACGAAAACGUCUUGAACAUGGGUCCACUGAGGGACCUUUCAGCACCAAGCAGCGCAUGUAACAGUUUGUCAGAUUUACCUGAACCUCGCUGGAUACCAAACAGAUCUGGCGACAUACAUGUACCGUCAAGUAACGUCAACGAAAAGAGUGAAAAGGAGCAUCUUUGUGAUAAGCAAAUAGAGUACGAAGGACUGAGUAAAGGUAGCGUUGAUAAUGACUAUUACAAACUGAGGUCUGGGUCAGAAGGUCUUCUGAUUGGCUUCUAUGAAAGUGGUGGCAAAUCAAUGGAUCUGGAAGAAGGUGUGGGAGAUGCUGUCUACUCCAUGCAAAAAGAUCUGUCUGUUGGCGAAAAAGACAUAUAUUCCAUUGCGAAACUGCCAGAAGCAAAGCAGCAAAUGCAUGGUGCGAAAGAGCCAAUAGAAUCUGACGACCGGGUAGAACUGCAGCAAAAACGAACAGAAGCACAAAAGCUUUCAGCCAAGACGGACAUUUACAAGCUGAUAGGUCCUCAUAGAGAGAUGAGUUAUCAGGUCUUACAGCAUAUCACUCUUGACUUCAAACAAGGCGAAGUGGCCAACGGUGGACGGUCAAUCGGAUCAGGUGGCUUUGGCGAAGUUUUUCUGGGCGUGUUUGACAACGGACACAAAGUGGCGAUAAAGAAACUUAAAAAGCUUGAUGAAAAGGAGGAGAUGAUGAAGCAGUUUAAGACUGAAUUGGAGUCGUUAACGAAGUACAGACAUCCAAAUAUCGUGUGUCUGUAUGCAUACAGCAUCGACGGGCCUGUGCAGUGUUUGGUGUAUGAGUAUUUACCGAACGGUUCGCUCGAAGAUCGGCUGCAGAGAAAGAAUCAGACAGUUUCGCUGUGCAUUAAAACCCGUCUGCAGAUUCUUCAAGGCACUGCCAAAGGUAUCGCCUUCCUGAACACGCAAGGUAUAGUGCACAGGGACAUAAAAAGCGCCAACGUUUUAUUGGACGAUGACUAUAGCCCAAAAGUAGGCGAUUUCGCAACAGCUCGAGCAGGUCCAAUGGGUAACCAAACAAAGCCAAUGUCCACAUCUGUCGUGAUAGGUACCUCGGCGUACUUGGCCCCCGAGGCAAUCCACUUUGACGUCUCAACGAAGCUUGACGCUUUCAGUUACGGAAUCAUCGUGCUGGAGGUAUUGACGGCUCUGCCUCCGAUGGAUGAUACACGGGAGGAGCGUGAUCUUAAGAGCCACAUGGAUGAGCACGAGCAGGACAUCAGCAGCCUGCUGGACUGGACAGCUGGACAGUGGUCAGACAAGCUGGUCACUAAUCUUAUGGACAUUUCUGUAAGGUGUACAGCCAGGAAAAAACAGAGGGUCAAUGUUGCUGAUAUUUUGUUAGAGCUGGAAUCACUUGAUGCAUUUUUGUAGAGGAGUUGGAUGUCUAAUUGUAUGCGAUAUGUUUAUGAAGCUACUGAAGAAAUAUGUGUUUAUAUUAUAAGAGCUGGACUCACUUGAUUCUUUAGAUCAGUAAGCUUUAACCCUUUGCAUGCUGGGAAAUUUGUCGUCUGCUAAAUUGUCUUCUGCCGAAUUUCUAAAAUAAGCAUUUUCUUCGUUUUUUUUUCAAAGAAUACUAUUAGAAUAGCAAACAGUUUGGAUCCUGAUGAGACGCCACGUUCUGUGGCGUCUCAUCUGGAUCCAAACUGUUUGCAAAGGCCUUCAAAAUUCGGUUCCCGCACUGAAAGAGUUAUAAUUGUUUGAAAUUGUGAUAUAUUCAUGAAGAUAAAUGUGUGUUCAUAUAAUUAUGUUUGUUGUUGAUCAAUGUUUAAUUUUACUAAUGUAAUCUUUUUUGUAGAUUUGGUUUAAUUUUAUUCCUGUUUGUUCAUGUUCUAAAAAUUUGGUGCUUACGGUAACCAUUGGAUUGGUUAAAUUAUUGCUACAACUUUUGUUCCAAAUCUUAUUAUUCAGGAUUUAUAAAAUCUAUUGCAUGGUAAUGGUGAUGUAUUUCAUUGUUACUUUUAUAAACCAACAAUUAAUCUACAAGAGAAACAUGUCUGAUUUAAAUAAUGUAUUGAAAACACUAUGUUUCUGUAUGUACUUCCUCUACAAAAAUGAAGUGAAAGACAGCAUUUUGCAUGCAUGAUCAUAAUUCCGAAAUUCGAGAUGUACAUUGUAUUGAAUUGUAUUUCAGUAAAUGGACUUCACAUGGUUUAGGUGAUAAUGCGUUUAUCUGUUUUAUGUAUCUACCUUGUAUCAACCUUUUUUGCAAAGCAAAUCAUGGGUGGUGGUCUAGUUGCAUUAAAAAUUCCAAAGUGCUUAGAUAUGAUACAAUAUAUAUUUGUAAAUAAAUCUAGAAAGAAGAA